UAUGUUGUUUUUACACUUUUACGCUCUGAGAAUUUCAUUCCAGUACCUAACAGCAGUAAGGCUCAUGCCACCCUCAUGGAGUCUGUUUGUUCAGACACAUGCACACCAGUCGCUUGCUGGAGGUCAUUCUGUAGGCUCUGGCAGCACUCCUCCUAUUUCUCCCUGUAAAAAAGGAGCAGAUACCGGUGCUGUCCAGCUCUCCUUGAGUAACGGCCUGUCUCCCGGUGUCUCCUCAUGCUCUUGAGACUUUACUGGGAGAAACACCAAACCUCCUUGUGACGGCACAUAUGGAAGUGCCAUUCUUCAGGAGCUGGACUACCUGUGCACCCUGACUGGGCUGCAGGUUCUGCCUCAUGUGCGAGUAGCCACAAAGAGUGUGACAAAACACAAAACUUGAGACAAAUCAGUGGGGAAGGGUUAAGAGAGGGCGAAUGUCUGCAGAAUCAUUGUCGUUGUGCGGAUUGUCCUGCUGUUGACCAGUGCACCUGUUUUCACUUUCAUUCGCGCCAAAGCAGGAGAAACUGAUUCACAGUCACUUGUGAUUCCUAACCAGACAGAAUGAUAUCCUUGACGUUUAACUGACUCUGUGUUAUACUGUGAUAUACUGUGAGAGUUCCCUUCAUUUUUUGAGCAGAAUAACUCUAGUCGGCUAUUUGAAUUAAACUGGUUUCUUCUUGGUUUUCAGGUUUGGUAGGAAAAAAGUGCUGUUUGUUACCAUGGGGAUUCAGACGGUAUUCACCUUCAUUCAAGUCUUCUCCCCAUCUUGGCUGAUUUUUUGUUUGUUGUUUUUCAUUGUUGGAAUGGGCCAAAUAUCAAACUAUGUGGCAGCGUUUGUUUUAGGAAUGGAAAUAUUGAGCCCAUCCAUUCGUGACAUCUACUCCACUCUUGGCGUGUGUCUUUUCUUUUCAAUCGGGUACAUGAUGCUUCCGUUGGCUGCCUACUUCCUGCGAGACUGGAGAAUGCUGCUAUUGGCCUUCACCAUCCCUGGUUUCUUCUGCAUGCUGCUUUGGUGGUUUAUUCCAGAGUCUCCGCGAUGGCUGCUGUCUCAGGGGAGGGUCAACGAGGCCGAGGCCAUUCUGAGAAAAGCUGCCAAGAUGAAUGGGGUGAAGGUCCCUGAUGUCAUUUUCCCCCUAAUUCAGACAAGGGAAAAUGCUGGAAGGUUGCGGACCUACAGUCUCUGCGACCUGGUGAAGUCCAGCAACAUCUGCUGCAUAACCGUCCUGCUGUGCCUGGUCUGGUCAGCCGUUUCAGUCGGAUACUGUGCCUUGUCUCUGAACACGUCCAGUCUGCACGGGAACAUCUACCUGAACUGCCUCUUGUCAGCAGCUGUGGAAGUGCCUGCCCUCAUCAUGGCCUGGCUGAUGCUCCGCCGCUGGCCUAGACGUCUCUGCUUGUCUUCCACCCUGUCAUUAGGAGGACUGGUUCUGCUCUUCAUACACCUCAUACCACAACAUAUGAAUUCUGUUGCUUUUUCACUGGUGAUGCUGGGAAAGUUUGGUCUGUCGGCAGCAUUCUCAAUCAUUUACCCUGCUACUGCUGAGCUUUACCCCACUGUACUGAGGAACACUGCUUUAGGAGCCUGUUCAAUGGCGUCCAGAGUUGGCAGCAUAUCGGCACCGUACUUCCUCUACUUAGGAGGCUAUUACAGAUCUUUGCCUUACAUCUUAAUCGGCAGUGUGAACAUUCUCUCUGGGUUACUCAGUCUUCUGCUUCCAGAGAGUCUAGGAUCACCUUUACCAGAGACCAUCAGUCACAUGCAGACAGUAUCUGGGUUCAGAAAAAGAUAUUCUUCUAACAGUCCAUCUGAGAGAAAAUGUGAUGAGGAGCACGAGACAGAACACUUGUAAUGGACUGUUGAGAGAUUUUACAAAGUAUGUAAGAUUAAAUCCUUCGCUCCAAGCCUGUAACCUGUCUGUCUCAGUGUAAUACAGGCCCACAUUUUAAUAACUUUUGUAAUAACUUUUUUAUGCAAAACUUGGUAAAGUAAAUUUUAUGGAAUGAGCUUUGGUUUUAAAUAUGAUAAAGAGCCACGUACAGCAUGUAAUAUAUUUUGGCCUUUGGCAAAACUUGUCAAAUAUUAUCUCUCUCAGAACAGAACAGAGCUGUUAUUGAUUGGAACAAAAUGGUGAAAAAUUAAAUUAGAUGGAUAAAGAAAAAUAGUUAAACUAGAAUUUAUUGCAAAGUAUUUUUUAUUUUAAUAAACAAUUCUGUCCUAACCCUAACCUAAACCAAAGGAUUUUACCAUGUUCUAGUUUAUGUCUGAGGAUGACAACUCUUCCACUUGGUAUUUUAUGAGUUAUUUUCUUAUGAUAAAUCAAUUUACUGAAAGGCUCCCAAGAGAUUUUGGUUGAUUGUUUAGGUUUAUUGAAUUUAUUAGAAUUUCUUAGUCUUACACUUAAAAUAUACAGUACAGGUCAAAAGUUUGG